UAUACAUCAUGCACGACUUUGCUAGGACGCUUCCAUCACUCUCUCUCCCCUAUCCCAAUAUCAAAAGCUUCAGUCCUCCUGUACGUGCGUAUAAACAAUAAUGUCUAAGCAGCACUACAAGGUUUGCUUCUGUUUCAGGAGAAUAUUCAAGCUCAGGGUGGUUGAACCUCCGGAAGAUGUAAAGAAAGUAUUUGAACAAUACUCGGAGAAUGGCAUCAUGACCAUUGAUAAACUGCAAGAGUUCCUGAUUCAGGUUCAAGGAGAUCUUAACGCUAGCAAGGACCAUGCUCAGGCCAUCUUCAACAGCGUCAAGCAUCUCAACAUCUUCCAGCGGAAGGGCCUCCAUCUCGAAGCUUUCUUCCAAUAUCUUCUUGGCGAUCUUAAUUUCCCUCUCCAUCCUCAUGGGGUGCACCAAGACAUGAAUGCUCCACUUGCUCAUUACUUCCUAUUCACAUGCCAUAACUCCUACUUAACUGGUAAUCAAGUCAGCAGUGACAGCAGUGUGGAACCCAUUAUAGACGCACUACGAAGAGGUGUAAGAGUUAUCGAAUUGGAUUUGUGGCCAAACUCCAGGAAAGAUGAUGUGGAAGUUCUUCAUGGAGGGACUCUGACUAGACCGGUGGAGCUCAUCAAAUGUUUGAAAGCUAUUAAGGAAAAUGCAUUUUCUGCUUCUGAAUACCCUGUUGUGAUUACUUUUGAAGACCACCUAAAUGCAAUUCUUCAAGCCAAAGUAGCCAAGAUGGUCACUAAAACAUUUGGAGCCAUGCUAUAUCGCCCUGAAUCAGAAUACAUAAAGGAAUUCCCUUCACCAGAAUCAUUGAAGAAAAAGAUUUUGAUUUCAACUAAACCACCAAAGGAAUACCUUGGAGUUCAGAGUAGCAUGGAAAAAGAUCCACAAAGGCAGAAAGAUUCAGCAGAGGAUGAAACACAGAACACAAAUGUUAAAAAGGAACAUGGAGCCACUCAUGAUAAGCAGGUUGAGCCGGAUGAUGAGGAUGAAGACAAGGAAAAUGCUACCCUUGGAUAUAGGGAUUUAAUUGCCAUUCAUUUAGGAAAGUCGAAAGGUGCAUUAAAUAUCUGGCUAACUAAUCCGAAUCAAGUUAGACGUCUUAGCGUGAGGGAACAAAAGCUUGAAAAUGAUGCAAGAACACAUGGAACUGAUAUUCUGAGGUUUACCCAAAAAAACUUGCUGAGGGUGUGCCCUAAUGGUUUCCGCGUGGACUCAUCAAAUUUCAAUCCUAUGCUGGGAUGUAUGCAUGGAGCUCAAAUGGUUGCAUUUAAUAUGCAGGUAAAUGGGAAGUACCUUUGGAUUACGCAAGGAAUGUUCAGAGCCAAUGGCGGUUGCGGUAAUGUGAAAAAACCUGACUUUUUGUUGAAUGUAGAUCCAGAUAAUGAGGUCUUUAAUCCUCUUGUGCUGCCACCAGUUAAGACAACGUUGAAGGUUAAAAUCUAUAUGGGAGAAGGGUGGCAUUUAGAUUUCCACCACACACACUUUGAUCAAUAUUCUCCACCGGACUUUUUUAUCAGGAUUGGAAUUGCUGGAGUCUCCGCUGAUCAAGGUCCUAUGAAGCACACGCAAGUAAUUGAGGAUGAUUGGCUACCAGAAUGGAAUGCGGAGUUUGAAUUCCCUCUGAGGGUUCCCGAGUUAGCUGUUCUCAGGAUUGAAGCUCCCGAGUAUGACACAUCAGGGAUAAAUGACUUCGGAGGCCAGACAUGUCUACCUAUAUCAGAGUUGAGAAGCGGCAUCCGAGCAGUUCCAUUACAUGACAGAAAGGGAGACAGAUUCAAAUCUGUAAGGCUUCUUAUGCGAUUUGAAUUUGUUUAAAACAAAUUAGACCUAUGUAUUGGACUUCACGAUGCUGUUUACAUGCAUUAUGUACAUGGUAUUCUUAUUUCCUUCUGUUCUCAUCAGUGCCGCCACUAAUAAGAUGUUACUGCCACAUCAUUGUACGUGGGGGUGGUGUUCAGAAUUUAGUACCAGCAUUGCCUCAUUUGAUUUUACCACCGAGGGUCCUGCA